AUGAUCGAUCCGUCAGUUCCGAUCCGCAAUAUCCAGAUGAAAUUCGCCGUGCUGGACGGCUUGGUUCAGGUCGGACAGGUCAGCGACCGGGACAUCGUGGAGACGGUGUUGAAUCUUUUGGUGGGGGGUGAGUUUGACCUGGAGACCAACCACCUGAUCCAGGAGGCCGACGGCGUGCUGUGCAUGCUGGACCUGCUCCGGCGCUGCCCCGCCCCCACCCAGGCCCAGGUGUGGGCCACCUUCACCGCCAUGCUGCGCCGGAGCCUGCGCAACAGGCACACCUGCACCCGGGUGGGCCUCGUCAGGCACCUGCUGCUCACGGUGGGCGGCGCCGACGACGUCAUCGCAGAGCUGCUGGUGGAGCUACUGUGUGUGCUGGCCCACUACAGCAUCGCGGUGGGGGAGCUGAAGCUGCUGCUCACGCUGCUCCGCGGGGAGCAGGGGGGCAUCUGGCCCAGGCAUGCGGUGAAGCUGCUGUCGGUGUUGAGCCUCAGCACGGAGCCCCAGACGGUCGGCCCGGACACCUUCUUCAGCUUCCCAGGACACAGAGCUGCCGCCAUAGCGUUGCCUCCUAUCGCCAGGUGGCCGUAUCAGGGCGGCUUCACCCUCAGCACCUGGUUCAGAAUGGAUCCGCUCGGCAGCCUCAGCAGCGACGGCGACAAGCCGUACCUCUACUGCUUCCGCACCAACAAGGGGGUGGGCUACUCGGCGCACUUUGUGGGCAACUGUCUGAUCGUCACGUCGCUCAAGUCUAAAGGGAAGGGGUUCCAACACUGUGUCAAGUACGACUUUCAGCCCCGGAAGUGGUACAUGAUCAGCGCGGUCCACGUCUACAACCGCUGGCGGAACAGCGAGAUCCGUUGCUACGUCAACGGGCAGCUGGUCUCCUACGGCGACAUGGCGUGGCACGUCAACACCAGUGAUAGCUACGACAAGUGCUUCCUGGGCUCGUCCGAGACGGCCGACUCUAACCGGGUGUUCUGCGGCCAGCUCGCCGCCUUCUACGCGUUCAGUGACGCGCUCAACCCCGCGCAGAUCUUCGCCAUCCACCAGCUCGGCCCGAGCUAUAAGAGCACGUUCCGGUUCCGCUGGGAGAGCGACACCCACCUGGCGGACCACCACAAGCAGGUCCUGUACGACGGGAAGCUGUGCGCCGCGCUCUGCUUCACCUACAACGCCAAGGCCACCGACGGACAGCUCUGCCUGGAGUCCUCGCCGCGCGACAACGCGUCCAUCUUCGUCCACUCGCCGCACGCACUCAUGCUGCAGGACGUCCGAGCCACGGUGACCCACUCCAUCCCCAGAGCGCUGCACUCUGUAGGGGGCGUCCAGGUCCUGUUCCCCCUCUUCUCCCAGCUGGACCAUCAGCGCCUGCCCGGUGACAGCCACCCAGACACCAGUGUGUGCGCUACCCUCCUCUCCUUCCUGAUGGACCUGUUGAGGAGCUCCCUGGCCAUGCAGGAGCAGAUGCUCGCCACCAAGGGCUUCCUGGUGAUUGGCUACCUGCUGGAGAAGUCGUCGCGCGCCCACCUCACGCGCGGCGUGCUGGAGCAGUUCCUGUCCAUCGCCAAGUACCUCGACGGUCUGGCCCACGGAGCCCCCCUGCUCCGACAGCUGUGUGACCACAUCCUGUUUAACCCCGCCAUCUGGAUCCACGCGCCAGCCAAGGUGCAGCUGUCCCUCUACACCUACCUGUCGGCAGAGUUCAUCGGCACGGCGACCAUCUACAGCACCAUCCGGCGCGUGGGCACCGUGAUGCAGCUCCUCCACGCCCUCAAGUUCUACUACUGGGUGGCGGACCCCUCCUGCAGCACCCGCAUCACCCCCAAGGGCCUCGCAGUUCAUCCCCCCAACAGGAGUGCCUGA